GGAAGGGAGCGCUAUCGCUGCGCUAGCGCCACCAAAAUCUACCCCUGUUGUUCGAUGUCAAGUUCCUCGACAUCGCGAGAAUUCUGUCCUAAACCCACAAACGUCGUCUCUGUUCCACGAAUCACCGCAGACAUGUUCGGAGGACCAGCACCACCCCCCAGCGCCGCUGAGCUGAAGGCCCAAGAGUCUGAGGCUGCUCUCACUGUCCAGAAGGUCGUCGUUGGAGCUAUCCUAUUGUACUUGUCUCCGUUCGCGAUCGAUGCCGUCAAGAAGCUUGUUUAAGGGGGCGACGAGAGCACGCCUACCGCAGUUGAUUCGAAAAAGUGUACGAUUACACGGAGCUGAGAUGUAUACUACGAGGGGAUGGGGCGCAGAUACGAGGUCGUAACUGUAUAGAUGCAUCAUUGGAGUCUCAUAGAGUGGUCGUGGAAAGGGUUGUGGACUGUACAAAUACGGAUAAUGCAUACCCUUCACCCUUGCGAAGAGCCUCCCACAACGAGUUUUCCAUUUCUUGCUACACUGUCUCGAUCUGAAGUAGGGGGUUAGGAGACCAAGUUCAAAGAUUUGGACCCCCCCCCGGCCCAUCAAUAUUUUUGAUACCCUGUAGGUUGAGGAGAUCAGCUACAUUAUAUUCCGAUCACAAUGGGUCCCGCUCCGCUCUUUACGUUUUCAAGGCGUCUGGAAUCUACUUCGUCAUGAUCUAGUAUGUAGGGGCGACACGUUCUACCAUUGAGAUACCCUAUGAAGUCGUGAGCCG